AAAAUGGAUUACGGCAGCGAUGCGGACCCCAUGAUAUCAUCAGUGGUCAUAUUUCAGGACUAUCAUAACAUACAACAGUCACAGCAGGUCAGUUCCUUCGGGAUGCUUGAUUUCGACCCGUACUCACGGCCCACAAUGCUCGACGAGCCCCCCAACAACAUAGACAUGAGCCUCGACAGCCCGGCGUCCAUUGAGACGUAUCAC